AUGGAGACAUACUACGGCCAUGUUCGCACGCCAGCGGACGCGAUUAUUCUUUUCGAAGCCUGCCGGAUCGGUCUUCUGCCCAGAGUUCAGCGCCGACUAUCAGAGAAGGAACGACAGUCGAUACGGUCGGGUUCCGUCUUCGUCUGGGAUGAGCGAGAGGCUGGAAUGCGACGAUGGACCGAUGGAAAGUCAUGGAGCGCCAGCCGCGUCUCUGGAAGCUUCCUAACGUACCGUGAAAUGGAAGGGAAACGAGGUGGCGGUACUGGUCCUCAAACGUCCGUUGCGCGACCUGGAAAGACGCCGGAAAGCCGAGGCAGCGACGAUGAUCGAGGCGACGGCACCGACGAGGGUCCUGAUGGGUAUCGAUAUAAACCCGACGGCCUCAUGAAGCAGUCUUUCAGUAUCACCACCUCGACCGGGCAACACCUGCACUUGAUCAGUUACUAUUCGCGCUCUCACCCAUCCGCCGCCAACCUUCAACAGCCCACAACCGACCCAGCUCUCCGGCAUGUUCGGCCCCAAAAAGGUCUUUAUCCCGAGUCCACGGUCAAUGACCAACAGAAUCUUCCAGUCGUGACUCGCGGGCCUAUGCCCGGUGCUGCUGCCUAUCCCAUUACACCUCACCCCAUGAGCGGAUUUCCACGGACCAUGGCCGGCCACACCCAGGCGUACACGCAAAUCCACCAUGCGUGGCCGCCCAUCUCCGCUCGCGACUCCUCCUACCAUCGCGUCGGCGCGGCGGGUGGGCCAUCCCCAUAUGGGCCACCGCCACCUCAUCAACCUCCGCCGCAUUUCCAGCAGAUGUCUCACGGGUUGCCACCUCCCGCACAUCCCCUCGCAAGCCCUUACGACCGACACGGUCACCACGAGGCCGCCAUGCCACCAGCGGCAGCCCCUCAACCGAUCGGUGGCCCAGCCUACCCUGGACGAUCGCCUCGAGCUGUACCGCAGCAGCAGCCUCCUGCUCCCGAGCAGAGGAGUCCACGGGUUUACGGUCACCCUGUCUCAGAUCCCCGAAUCUCUUCGCCGAGGAAUCCUCCCGGCCCCGUCAUGCAAGCGAAUGGAGUCAAUCAUAGCCCGCAAAUUCCCAAGCAGACGCCCCCGAGUGCGUCACGACAGUUGGGAUCGGUCGGCACUCCCCCGAAGCCGGAGUCUGGGUCCGUUCCCGGCAUUGGGGCACUUGUGAGCGGUGCUUCGCUUGCCCCUAUCACCGUCGCCGCGUCCUCGAUCGGCGCACCGGGGAGUCCCCAUGUCGCUCGCGCGCCCAUCGUUCCCGACGGACCUCGAGACAUUCCCAAUGACAAGAUUGGGUUUGUCGGAGAGGACAUGAGAGCGCUGCGACAGUUAGACAGAGUCUUCAUCUGA